AUGGCCGACAACGACCGAAACCAGGACGCCUUCGUCAAAGCCACCCCGGCAGUCUCAAAGGCUGCGAUCAGCAGCAAUGUGGCGGAGGACACAGGUUCGGCCGGUGCGUGUCCUGAUGAGGCAGACGGCAAGGCAGACAACCUCUCGUCAGUAGAUGAUGAAGUCGAGUAUGUUCAGGGCCACCCCAUCAUUCGCAAUGGCAUGGAUGUGUCUCGAUUUGUCGUGUCAGAUCGAGACGACGGUGAUCCCGCCUUGACAUUCCGCUCGAUCGUCCUGGGAACCAUCUUCACCGCCCUCUCCAGUGUCAUCACCAUGCUGUAUGUCUUCAAGCCCACGCAGAUGCAGGUCUCGGCGGUCUUCUUGCAGCUUCUGGUCUUCAUCUUUGGCGAAGCAUGGGCGCUAGCAACACCCCGUCCGGAACGGUUCAGCUCCAAGUGGCUGCAGACCAUUCUCCGAUUCCUCAACUUUGGCCAGCCAUUCGGUAUCAAGGAGCACGUUGUGGCCUCCCUCAUUGCCUCCUCCGGGAACAACGGCCUGUCCGGUGUUGAGAUAUAUGCUGUGGAGAGGUUGUUUUACGACAGGGCAGUUUCUGCCUCGACAGCGAUCCUCGCGACGUUCUCCAUCUCGUUGUGUGGGUUCGUUUUGGCCGGUGUGCUGAGGCCGCUCAUCGUCUACCCUGCGGAGAUGGUCUAUUGGUCAACUCUGCCACAGGUUGUGCUCUUCCAGAAUCUGCAUUUCGAUCGGAUCGCGAACAGGGGCCGACUUAUCAAAUUUGGUACAGCUUUGGCCGUUGCCGCCGUGUGGGAAAUCUUCCCGGCGUACAUUGUAACCUGGUUCGGAGGCAUCUCGAUCUUCUGUUUGGCUUCCAUGAACGCCCCGACACAUACCCGGACUGUCAUGUCCACCAUCUUUGGUGGGGCAUCGUCAAAUGAGGGCAUGGGCCUUCUGAACUUUUCGCUCGACUGGCAGUACAUCCAGAGCACAUACUUGUCGCUCCCGUUCAAACAGCAGCUGAAUUCGUGGAUUGGCUACGCAAUCUGGUAUAUAGCCAUGCCGGCGCUUUUCUAUAGCAAUACCUGGGGUGCUAAGACUUUCCCAUUCAUGUCGACGUCGUUGUUCGCGAGCAACGGCACGAGGUGGCAGACAACAGCAAUCCUGGACGAGCGCGGUACAAUCGACUUCGCGAAGCUGGAUGUUAUUGGCCUGCCGCACAUGACGUCCAGCACAGUCUGGGGCUACUUCACGUCGAGCCUGGCGAUCGGGGCUUUGAUAACUCAUGUGAUCAUAUUCUACGGCAAAGACAUGAUCGAGGCAUGGAAACAAGCCCGCAGCCGUACGCAGCCCGACAUACACUAUCAGGGCAUGCUAAAGUACAAGGAAGUGCCAAUGUGGUGGUACCUCGUGCUGUUCGGUCUCACCUUUAUCGCAGGGCUGGUUGUCAACAUCAAGGGCGACACCACACUCCCUGUCUGGGGCUACAUUGUGUCUCUCCUCCUUGGUGCUUUUAUAGCCCCAUUCUCUUGCGUUCUUUAUGGACUGUACGGCACAGGAGUCGGGACCAACCAGAUCUCCAAAAUGGUCGCGGGCGUCGUGCAUCCGGGCAGGCCGCUUGCCAACCUCUACUUCGCCAGCUGGUCCCACCAGGUCAUUCUCCUGGCUGUGAACCUGGCGAACUGGCUCAAGGUCGGCCAAUACACGAAAGUACCGCAUCGGGUCAUGUUCGGAACCCAGAUAUACGGAACCCUCCUCGGUGCAGCCCUCAACUACGUCGUCAUGACCACGAUCGUGACCAACGAGCGCGAGGUGCUCCUCGACCCGGUGGGCACCAACGUGUGGAGCGGCUCAACGGUGCAGAGUCUCAACUCGCAAGCCAUCACAUGGGCGCUAGCAAAGGACAUGUACGGCUUGGCAGGGCGCUACGUGAUCGUGCCGCUUGGCCUGCUCAUCGGAGCGGCUUUCCCGGUGCUGCACUGGGGCCUGAUCAAGGUAUUCCCACGCAUCCGUCAGUGGCCCAUCAACACGACCAUCAUCUGCUCGUUCGCCGGGCAGGUAUACUACGGCAACACGUCCUGGAUCUGGUCUUCCAUCGCUGUCGGUGUCUUUUCGCAGCUCUACCUGCGCCGCCGACUGCCCCGGAUUUAUAACAAGUACAACUAUCUGAUUGGCGCAGCACUUGAUGGAGGCUCGCAGGUGGUCAUCUUUAUCCUCUCUUUUGCAGUCUUCGGCGCGAGUGGGACAGAGCGACCAUUCCCAAGCUGGUGGGGCAAUCCCAGCGAUACCAAUCCCGAUCAUUGCAUUUAG